AUGCACCUAUCCAAAAGCAGAGGCAUGCCGGCUCUGGUAGCACUGGGUGCGUUAAGCCAGAUAGCUUACUCCACACCCACCCUAAGUAGUGCUGCCGCGUUACCUAGCCCAACCAUGAUCGACUUUGACGACGAUGGUGUUGUCGGAGGGCUCUAUCGUCCGGCUGUCAAUAGCCCUAGGUCCAGCAUUGCAGUAUAUGUGAUGCACGCCGAAAGUGACUAUCUGUCGUUCUCCGCUUGUACAGAGCUUCCGCAGCGCGGCUUCACUACUUUGUGCGCAAACAACGCUGCAGACAAGACAGGCGUGAUGUCGACCAUCUACUUUGAAGAUGAACUCACCCAGGUUGAUCAAGGAAUGCGGUACCUGCGCAACUUGACCGGGAUUGAUAAGGUUGUGCUAUUCGGUCACAGCGGUGGUGGUGCUAUGAUGGCUGCUUAUCAAGAUGUCGCCGAGAAUGGCGUCAGUGCAUGCCAGGGACCGGAGAAAAUUCAUAACUGUACCGAUGCUGUUGCUGAUCUUCUUCCUGCUGAUGGUAUCAUGCUUAUUGAUGCCAAUUACGGGCUCGGAAGUAUGCCCUUUUUGAGCUUGAACCCUGCUCUUACUGGUCCCCAUGGGACAACGUUGAACCAGAGUUUGAACCUAUUCAAUCCCGCGAAUGGGUUUGUCAAGGGUGGUUCCUCUAACUUCACCGACGCCUUCAAGAAAAGGUACGAGGCUGGUGUAGUGAAGCGAAACAAUGAUAUCAUCACCUAUGCAAAGGACCGACUUGCCAAAAUCGAGUCUGGAGAGACUGGUCUGACUGAUGACGAGCCGUUGUAUAUUACCGAUGCCGCGUACGGAACCAUGAACAACAAAUUCUUCUCCCAGGAUGUGAGCUACAUCGCUCAUACCACGUACCCGUGGAAACUGCUCCACAAGGGCGGAAAGAUCACAAAUCAGAUUGUGCAUACCGUUCGGGUGCCUGUAAACUUUGAAAGCUAUGCGACUUCGUAUAUGCAGGGUGCCCUCAAGACCACCAUUCGCCGAUUCUUGGGUACUUUUGCUAUUCGAGCUGGCGAGGAUUUCGAAAUCAUGCCUGAUGGAUUCAAGGGUAUCGAUUUUGCUUCCAACCAAUUCUCUCCAUCUGAGUCUAUCAAGGGUGUUACGGUUCCAUUGCUCAACAUGGGUAUGACUGGUCACUGGGAGUAUCUGAAUGCGGAAAAGAUUCACCUAAAUGCUGCUAGCAAUGAUACCGAUAUCGCGUUUGUGGAAGGGGCUACACACAAAAUCGCAACUUGCCUAGAAUGUGAAAAGUAUCCUGGGGAAUUCGGCCAUACCAUGAUUACUGCGUAUGACUAUAUGGCUGGUUGGCUGGCAAAGAAGGGUCGAUUCUUGUAA